CCUGGUUAGGAUAACUGAGGCCUGAAAUCUUGCCAAUUCCUAUCUAUGCCAAUAUUGUAGAGUUAGAAGAUUCGCUAUAUGCAUAUUUGAAAUACCAAUACCCAAAAAUGAAGCUAUCGUACUAUUUAUGGGUCAUAUAUGUACAUAAGUACACCUUAUCGUCUUAUCGGAAUCUGGAGGUUAGUGCACAGACCAUUUCGGCUGGGGCUGUUUCCCACAAACUGUUGUGCAAAAUCAAAAAUUAUUAUUUGGCCCCUCCAUGUCGUGAAAAUUCCCAAACUUCGAUUUAGUCAACCCCAAUUUCGCGACCACGAAAAGCUCAAUUCGUGAGCUUCGCACUGCGCAAUUUACCUGAAUAACAACUAAACAGCCAACUCCCUUCAGAAAACAAUACAAUAUGGCUGACCGAGGCGGUGCCCGUGGCGGCGGAUUUGGUGCUCGAGGUGACCGAGGCGGCGAUCGUGGCCGUGGUCGUGGCAGAGGCCGUGGCCGACGUGGUGGUGCGAAGGACAGCGAGAAGGAAUGGAUGCCCGUCACCAAGCUCGGCCGUCUCGUGAAGGCUGGCAAGAUCAAGAGCAUGGAGGAGAUCUACCUACACUCUCUACCCAUCAAGGAGUACCAGAUCGUCGACUUCUUCCUACCCAAGCUGAAGGAUGAGGUCAUGAAGAUCAAGCCCGUGCAGAAGCAGACCCGUGCUGGUCAGCGAACCCGAUUUAAGGCCAUCGUCAUCAUUGGUGACUCCGAGGGUCACGUUGGUCUUGGUAUCAAGACCUCCAAGGAAGUCGCUACCGCUAUCCGUGCCGCGAUUAUCAUCGCCAAGCUUAGCGUCAUCCCCGUUCGACGUGGUUACUGGGGUACCAACCUUGGUCUCCCUCACUCCUUGCCUGUCAAGGAGAGCGGAAAGUGCGGUUCCGUUACUGUCCGACUUAUCCCUGCUCCCCGUGGUACCCAGAUUGUCGCAUCUCCCGCCGUAAAGCGUCUCCUACAACUUGCCGGUAUUGAGGACGCCUACACCUCCUCAUCCGGUUCCACCAAGACUCUCGAGAACACCCUGAAGGCUACCUUUGCUGCCAUCUCCAACAGCUACGGGUUCUUGACGCCCAACCUGUGGUCUGAGACGAAAUUGAUCCGAAGCCCGUUGGAGGAGUACGCGGAUACUCUCCGAGAAGGAAAGAGAUACUAAAUGCGGAAUUCUGGGCAUUCGGCGUAGAUUCGUUCUUGAUUUCUAAUUGCAUCGGUGCCAGGUAGGCAGGCAUCAGACUAGGGCAGCAAAAAUGGCAGCUUCAUUCUGACAAUGAACAACUAACUCCGUUCACUUAAUGCAUUGUGCAACUCCUAGGACAUAAUCGAUGAUGUCUUAUCGUCAAGUGAACGAUUGUGACAUACUACCUACAUAAUAAAGUGUUCAGCACGCUUCAAAUAUCGAAUCUGCGGGUUAGAACCUUCUAAAUUCGAUUUGGUCAUAAUGAGCCGUACCUUAUAAGGGGUAAGUAAGCUCUAACCGCCCCUUUUUUACAAAAGAA